UGUGUGAUGAAAUCCCUGACUCCCUUACAGGGGGCACAGCCCAUCCCCCCAGGUAUCACCCUGCCCCAAGGUUCCCUGUGAACAUAUCCCACCAGCAGAGAACAGGGUCGGGCUUAAAAUGAGGGCGAGUUCUCUGCCCCGAGCCCUCCAGGGAGACUUCACCAAGCACCACCUCGCCUGUUUCCUUCCCCCGAGCAGAAUUCCCCAUCCCUGUCUCAGCUGUGAUCCCCUGGAUGGAGCGAGGGGAAGAACCGAGGGUCCCGGAUCUCCAGGGCUCCCAGGAAACGGAGAACCUGAUGGUCAUUUGCACAGGGAACGAGCCCUCCCUGGAUUCUCCCUCUCUCCCCAGUAGGUGCUGGGAUGGAGGAGGAUAAUCCCGAGCAGGAAGGGCUUGCAGGAAGGGAGCCUUGCGGGAUGUCCCGGGGCGCUGAGCAGGGAGAGGCCAGCGGGACUGGACGGCAGCAGGAGACAGAGGUGAUAUCUCCAGAUGAGACAGACAUCAGGGUGGUGACAGAGCACAACCAAGCCCAGGCUGAGGUGCGCCCCUACAGCUGCUCAGACUGCGGGAAGAGCUUCAGCCAGAGCUCCCACCUGGUCCAGCACCAGCGCAUCCACACGGGCCAGAAGCCCUACAAGUGCACCGAGUGUGGGAAGUGCUUUGUCCUCAGAUAUAACCUCAUCGAUCACCAGCGCAUCCACACCGGGGAGCGCCCCUACAAGUGCGGCCAGUGCGGGAAGGGCUUCAUCCGGAGUUCUCACCUCUUCCAGCACCAGCGCAUCCACACGGGCGAGCGGCCCUACCAGUGCAGCAGGUGUGGGAAGAGUUUCAAAUGCAACUACACCCUGGUGAAGCAUUACCACACCCAUGCUGCGGAGCAGCCUUGCUUCUGCAGCGAGUGUGGGAAGAGCUUCAGCCUGGGAUCCUUUGCCAAGCACGUCCGCACCCACACGGGCGAAAAGCCCUACAGCUGUGCUGAGUGUGGCGAGAGCUUCAUAAGCAGUUCCAACUUGAUCCAGCAUCGGCGCAUCCACACUGGGGAGAAACCCUACAGCUGUGGCCACUGCGGGAAAAGCUUCAGCCAAAGCGCCAACCUCAUCAAGCACCGGCGCAUCCACACCGGAGAGAGACCCUACAGCUGCCCCGAGUGCGGCAAGACCUUCAGCCAGAGCUCGUCGCUCAUGCGGCACCGGCGGAUCCACUGCAGAGACCGGCCUUACAAGUGCACCGAGUGCGGGAAGAGCUUUCGCUGCAACUCAUCCCUGAUGAACCACCAGCGCAUCCACACCGGGGAGCGGCCCUACAAGUGCCCCGAGUGUGGGAAGGGUUUCAUCAAUAGGUCCAGGCUCACCAACCACCGGCGCACCCACACCGGAGAGCGGCCCUACAAAUGCACCGACUGCGGGAAGGGCUUUGGAGACAGCUCCGCGCUCAUGAAGCACCAGAGGACGCAUGCCAAGUAGACACCCAGCAGACAGGGGGGCACUCGAGAGGGUGAAAUUGACAUGUCCUGGGGAACAGGGGCCACUACAGAGGAGGACAUUGAUGUGCCUUCUGGGGUAGCUGGGAGGGACAAGGGCACCUUUAUAGAGAGUAAAUUGGCUUCCUCUCUUCCCACCCCCAUUGCUCAGCAAGACAUACCCAUCCAUCUCGGAAGUCUUGGCUCCUACCCCCAAUGCAUGCCAGUGCCCUAGAAGCCCCCGUCCUCACCCCUCCACUGGAUCAAGGUGCUGAUGGCCUCUGCGAAGAUCCCAAAAUGGCAGGAAGAGCUAAGGUAACUUGUCUAGCGUUGAUGUGUAGAUUUGUAGAGAGGAAAUAAGCAAAUAUAGUGUGGCAUAGUGAUUAGGGCUGGGAGUCAGGACUCCUGGGUUCAGUCCUUAGAGAGGGGAAUGGGGUCUAGGGCUGAUAUCAGAAGGGGCUGGGAGAAUCAGGACUCCUGGGUUCCAGCCCCAUCUCUUUGUACAAUGGGAAUAAUGAUACCCAGCUUUUUUCUACAGUGUUUUGAGAUUCAUAGAUGAAAAGUGCAUAUUAUUCUUUAUUUGGUGAGUAAUUCUCUAAGCCAGAAGUGGCUCUCAGUUGACCUGCUUUGUUCAUGCUCUGAGUUAGCUGUAGAGCAUAGAUCUCUAGGUCUUUUUUUAGUCUGGUUUGCAGUAAUUAAGCUCCACGAUUGAUGUCUCAUUUAUCUCAACCAACCAACAGAAGAAAUUUAAGGAGAUUCUGGAAAGGGAAAUAAAACUGGGGAUUGUGCCCUUCAAUUUUGCUACUUUAUGAUGCACAAAACAAAGCGUGAGGAAGGGGCGUAGGGAAUCAACUUGCUUGGGACUUGUACGUUAGACAUUUGGGAGUUGUAUAACUUGGAAGUCUCUUGGGAAGACUGGUGAAUUGGGUCUGAUCAGUUAAACCUGAUUGAAUGUGGAGAAUGGCUUUCAAACAUAAGUUAAGGCUAGGAGUUUUCAGUAGCAAUCUUGGAGGACGUCCAUUGUGAGAUACCUUAGAGGUCUAAUUUUCAGGUGGAAGUGCUCAGCAUUGUCUCAAAAUUGGGCCCCCUUAACCAUUAAAAGUUGGGCACUGACCGUCACCAUUGAAAGUUUUGACACAAAUUUUAACCAUGAGGAUUUUUCUCCAAUAUGCUCCUUGGAUAACUGAGUUAGAUAAGUGUCAACAAAGUGAGCCUAUCAGAUUCUUUGCCUGUGUUAAUAUUUAUAUCACUCAAAUGCCUACAUAGCAUCAUGGAAUGCUUUGCUCACCACUGGAGCACCUUCUUGUGGCCCCAGCUGGGGAAUAGCUCUGCCAGUCUGACACCCCUUACUGCAUGUGCUCACUCCGUCUCUCUCUCUGGACUCAAUGGCUCCCUCUUCGUGGCUUGGCCCUUUGGCCAGCUCACCGUAGUUUUCCCCUUCCGGGGGGGUUUGUGUACCCACGUCUCUCUGUACCAGUCAUCCUAGGCAGUCUUCCAGUUCACUGCCCAUCAAUGGAGCCAUUUCCCCAGUGGCUGGUAGGGGAACCAGACCUGGCCUCUUCCAGCCCAGGGACACUACAUCCAGUGGCUAAGGCCUGCUGUGUCCCACACAUGACUGCUGUUUCCCUGGUCUGCUUCAUAUGUUGUCUCUGUCUAGCUUCUUUUCUAUCCCCCUCUGGGUUUGCCUUUCCCUCUAGGCCAAGCUCCCUGCUCUCCCAAGCCCCAGAGAGUGACUACAGACCUUUAAUUAGUCCUCUCUGCUCCCUGGCUCCCCUCCAGGUGCAGCCUUGCUGGUUAAUUGGUCCAACUAGCCACAUUAAGCCCUUCAGAGGUGGUGUGGGGUGCAUGCCCCAUCAGACAUGGGUUUACAGGGUCUGUGCUACAUCCCGUCCUUUAAACAGUCUCCUGGGAGUAACCCUUUUAUUUAGUGUGGCAGACCUCAGGGGGACACACAGUUCCACCAGGGGAGGCCAUGUGGCCUCUCUGACUCCAGGAUUGGGUCUUCAGGCUCCAGCACCCCGGUUUGCCACCGGGAGCUCCUACAGCGAGUCCGACUGAGAUCAGACUUCUGCGGAGACAUUCUUGUCUCAGGGAGCGAUGCAGCCCAUUGCGUAUUAGCAGUGAUACUGAGCUCUUUCCUCCCUGUAGAGUGUCGGAGGAAGUUGCCUGCUCUUUCCAGGCCCAGCAGCUCAGUGUUCUUGUUCAGUCACUGGGGCUCCCAUUAUGUCUUCCGGAUCUUUCAUUCAGGUGUGUUGAUUCUUUUCUGCUCCUAAAGACACCUUAGUACCAUUUCAGAUAGUCCACCUGCCAUUCUGCCAGCCCUCAUUCCUCGCUCUACUCAGUGUGUAGCCAUACAAAAUGCACAGGGAAACUGAGACACACAUAUGGAUCAUAAAAAUAUUACCAACAGUCCCAUGUACAUCACAGCAUAACAGACACUCUGGAGAAAAAUCUUCUUUGUUAAAAGUUCACCAACCCUUUGCCUUGGGAGUUCUGUUAAGCUCUCGAGCUUCCUCACCUGAUGCUUCAUAGGGAAAUAAAAUAAGAUCACACAUUCCUAGUGGUUCUAAGGUUUAAAGAAUAAACCCCAGAGCUUCCCCCAGCCCUGUUGUAUUUCUACAGGCAAAGCUGUCGUUGGAGUUUGGUGGAGUUAUGCCUGCAAGGCAGAAUUCUUUAUAAAAAAACCCAACAGCCCGGUGGAACUAUCUAUACGUAAGUAAAGGCAGAAAAGGUGAUUCGUCUGGUCUUGGAGCUGUGUAGGUUAGAGACGGGAUUCAACAAGUCAGGAUUUCUGGGUUUUCUUCCCACCUCUGGUAGGGGAAAAGCGUAGAGUGGAUUAGAGCAGGGGAGGUUGGGAGUUAGGACGCCUGGGCUGUAUCCAUGGCUCUUGGAGGGAAGUGGGAUCUAUUGGCUGCAGCAGAGGUGGCCAUGGAAAUCUAGAUUUCUGUGAUCUGUUCUUUGCAACAUAAUGGCACUCUCUGGCCCUGUGCCAAGUGCCCUCAACAACCAGAGACUUGCCAGGCUCAGAUUGUGCACAGCAACCAGAAGCAGGUGCCCAACCCUAGGCGGGGGCAGUUUUUAAAUCUGCGGCAGGGCUGCGUGAAGAAUUCACUUAACACCAGGACUUUUUAGAACAACAAGGUUGCAUCAAGAUGUGGCACGGAAAAGCUGUGAUUGAAGAAAGGGGUGAGAGAGGGGGAAGGAGGAGAAAAAGCAAAUGGCUAAGAUUUUUUCCAAACUGGCUAGUUAUUUUGGGGGUGCUCAGUCUGAGUCUGAUUUUCAGAGGGCGAGCACUCAGCGCUUUCGGGGGAAUCACUUUCCUUGUAAGGUGGCGUCCCCCAAUUUGAGUCCCCUAAAAACUGAGACACUGAAUCACUCGCUGCUUUUGACAGUGGUGGCCACUGAAUCUUCAGAGUAACUAGCUAGAAUCCCUGCUGUCUGCUUAGCCAGGUCUUCCACCCACUCUCCAUCCUCUCUUAAGUCAAUUGUUUGCUCUUUUGAUUCAAGUGGGGAAGUGUUUUCUAAAACCAAAGGAAACCCAGAUUGUUUUAGAGAAGUGACUGCUGUUAAAAUGCCCCUUUAAAGUGAUUUCUUUUUAGCCUUGGUUGUUUUGUUUUGUUUUUUCUUUUUGAGGGGAGGGUGUGCGUAUUUUAAUCUGGGAAUCUUUAGAAACACGGGGAGGGCGGUAGUAGAGGGAUUGGCAUGAUUUCAUUUUAGCAGGAAAGAGACAACUUUUUCCUGCAACUUCACAGGAUGUUAUAAUCCAGAGAUAUUUCUCCUGCAGCUUCAUCAGAUGUCAUAACACAGAGAUCUCGCUCCAAUUAUUUCAAUGUUAUGAUGAGUUGAGAGAGACUUAAUGAAGGAAAUCUACUCAUGGAAGUAUUGGGGCCUUCUCACUAUGUAGCUUUUAAGGGAGAGGUGUUAGAUUAAUUCAAAUAUUUUUCUGUAGGGCUGAUUUUAAUUCUUUAUCCAUUUUUUUUUAACUAGUGAUAUUUUUCUAUCCACGUAUUGAGCUUCUGGUAGUUAGAUCUAAGAGGUGAAAAUAAAUAUUUGGAUCUGAAA